CGAUGGGUGAUUAAAGCCAGGAAGGUGUGCGCGGACUCGUCAAAUUUCGUUUUUGUGAUGGUGUCCGGCCAGUCGCUGGGCUGGAAGGCCCAACCUAAAUGAGUCUUACACCGCGGACAGGUGGCCACAGUCCAUGCGAACCCCGGGAACCAGGAGAAGUGUUUAUCUGCCGGCCAGUGCUGGGUAACGUCCGCUUUCCUGAAGGAAUGAAGACCCGGGAUUCACCGCCGCCACCGGUUCACGUCCACGUACCGGAGACCACACCUGUGCAUGUUCAUAUGAGGAGGAGUCCCAGCAAGACACCGCAGAGUAGAACAAAAGAUGCCCAGGUGAAGGGAGACGGGGGGAGGCCAAAGGUGCGGACGCCGUGGAUUCCUCCAGGAAGACUGUCCUGCAGGAGAGAUGUGGGCUCGUACAAGUGCCAGAGAAGCAGAUUGGAGCAUCGAUCAGAACGUGAUGAAGAGGAACAGGAACAAGAGCUGGCUGCUGUAUCCAAAAACCUCAGUGUCCUACUCAGAGAACAAGACAGCACUCAGCAUUUAAAGAAGUCUGAUUCUCAAGGUCAGCACAGAGAGACAGAUGUGCUCCUGAGGGCGCUCGUAGAAGCAGAAAUCGAUGGCGUAGCUGUAGCUAAUCAGCUGACAGCUGUGAAGGAAACUAUCGACAGCUUUGCUAAGGACAAGCGUCUGUCAAAGUUGCACGCAGCUUCACUGGCACGACAGCAGGAGAUGUUGCUGGAGAAGAUCGAGAUGUUUGACCACACGAAUCACAGCCUGCGAGAGCUCCUCAGAGAGUGGAGUGGCUACGAGAGAGAAUCACUGAUGUGGUUAGAACAGAAAGACGCCAUAAAGAAGAGACUGACUGACAGUGAAGCAGAGAACAUUAGACUGUUAGCCAAACUCACCAACAAGGAGAAAGAGGCCUCUAAACUUGCUGAGCAUUUGGACUUUGAAAAGGACAACGCAAAGACGACAGGGGAGCUUUCAAGAAUCCUGCAGUCUACACGCGACCAUCUGGAAUCUGAGCUGAAGAGAACAGAGGCUGAAAAGGUCCACCUGGCUGCUCAGGCUCAGAGGAUGCAGCAGAUUCAGGAGCAGCAGCAGGAGGAGCUGCAGGCUUUGCAGGAGGAGCUACAGACUCUGAGGCAGCGGAGAGAAGAGGAGGAGAAGGAGGAGCAGAGGCGGCAAGACCAGGAGGCGCUGGUCAUGCUGACCCAGCAGGCCGAGCGAGCCGAAGAGUCCGCCAGGCAGCUCGCUGUGAAACUGCAGGAGAAGGAAUCCCAGUUGGCUCAGGCUCUGUCCACAUCCAGUGACUGGUGCCUCCGUCACUCUAAAGAGAUGGCAGCUAAAGGACAGCUGGAGGAGGAAAUCUCUGUUCUCAAACUUCAGGUGUCCGAGCUGAACUCUCAGCUUCAUUCAGCGGAGGAGAGGAUUCGGACAGAGAGGGAGGAGCUCAGAGAGCAGCUUCAUCAUUUCAGUGCUGAAAACGCCUCCAUCAAGCUGGACAACCAACGACUCAAGGGUCAGCUGACGUCCUCUGAGGAGAAGCUCAGUGGUCUGCAGUCUGAAGCCCGACGCCUGAAAUCGUCGAUCAAAAAGCACGAAAACCUGGUGGAGAAAUACAAGAAGAAGGUCCAGCAGGUUCGUCUGGAAUCAGAUGAGUACUGCCUGAAGCUGGAGGCAACACAGAAGGAGGCGCGGGAGGUGAAGGUGAGUCUGGAGAGGGAGACGGAGCAGGUGAGGAGGGAGCUGUUGGGCCGGAUCAGGGAGCUUGAGACGCUGCCCGACAGGCUGAGGAGGACCGAGCAGCAGCUCAGAGAUGCCCAGCAGGAGGCCGACAUCCAUGAGAGGAGGAACAUGGAGCACGGCUCAGCCCUGUCUGAAGUCAGACACAAGGUGGAACAGCAAGGCACUCAGCUGGAGACGUUCCAGCAGAGGAACCUGCUGCUGCAGGAGGAGAACAACUUCCUCAAAGAGAAGAUUCACAACUUGGAGAGGAGGCUGGAGGACAUGAUGGUGGAAAAUGAAGACAUGUCUCAGGCUGUCCUGUCAAAGGACAGCAGUAUCCGCAGCGUUCAGCAGCAGCUGGAAGAGAAGAGCCGUGAGUGCAGCGUCCUGUCCAGACAGCUGCAACACGCUCUGGACGACGCACAGAGACAGGUUGACAGCAGCAUGCAGAGGGUUUUAGCCAAAGAGAGAGCGUCUCAGUCCAAAGCUCUGGACCUGCAGAGCCAGCUGAGCCGAGCCAGAACCGAGCAGAGUCAGCUGCAGCGAAGCAAAGAGGAGAUGGAGCGUCGUCUCCAGAGUCAGCUGCAGAACAUGAGGGACAGACUGGAGCAGUCGGACUCGACAAACCGCAGUUUGCAGAACUACGUUCAUUUCCUCAAAACCUCCUACGGGAAUGUGUUCGGUGAUUCUUUGCUUGCGAGCUGACGGCAACAAACCUGACCAACAUUUGUCCGUUCCCAAAUCAUUGCAGUCGACCUGAAUGACAUUUACUGACUGUUUUUGACUUGAGAGUUUUAUACUAUGAAAUUAAAACUUUUUAAAAUUAAAUGCUUACAAAUUAGUCACAUGCAAUUUAUUUAUACUCUUUUUAAUAAAUAACUUCCUGCACAAUAAUUGAUUCUGACGGCAUUUUGUUUGAAUAAUCUUCUACCUUUCAAGUAUCUGAAUUCAGGGAUGCACAGAUUGUUGACUGAUUGUUAUUGAUUCAUCCUUUUGUGCCAGAAAAACAAAGAAUAUUUAUUAUAGAAAAAUAACUGUUUUAAAGUCAAGCAGCCCUUCAUUACACCACCUUUGAACAAGCAAAAAUUCUACCAUACAAAUGUAUAAAAAAACACUUUAAUAUAAUCUUCUUUCACAUGAAAAAUAGCUUUUUAAAAAUAACUGCUUCUGCCGAUGAUAUAUUAUUACAGUUAUCCAGCCCAGAACAAUCUCUUGUACAGUUGUUUUCGCUUUUGGAACAAUACGGAUCUUUUUCAGGAUUGAAUGUUUCAAAAACACAAAUUCUUACUUUUAAUUACAGUCCCUCAGAAAAUGUGAAGAAGAGGUAUAACUUGAGAUGGGAAGCUGAAUCCAUGAGAUAUCUGGGGGUAAAUAUACCUACAGACCUGUCAAAAUUGUUUUCACUCAACUUUAUCCCCCUGAACAACAAAAUUAGGGAAGACAUAAGGAGAUGGGAUUCAAUACCUUUUCUUAAUUUUGGAUCUCGUAUUGAAUCAGUUAAAAUGAGUAUUCUGCCGAGAAUGUUGUAUCUCUUUCAAUCCCUUCCACUAGAUUUAUCUGAUCAACAGUUUCAGGAGUGGGGGCUCUCCCGUGUCUAAAAGAUUAUUAUACUGCUGCUCAACUGAGACCGUUAAUAUGUUGUAAUCCAGAAUACAGGGCUAGAUGGGGGGAGAUUGAGGGGGAUAUCACAGGGGAGUUUCCAAUUCAAGCGGCAAUAGGGGAUAAGGGGUUAAUGAAUAAGUUAAUGGAUCUGGGAAACCCGUUGAUUGUUUUGCCACUUAAGCUGUGGAACAGGGUUAUAGCUCAAAAUCCUUUAAAGGAAGCGAUAAAAGUUUUGAGGUGGUGUGCGUUUGAUCCAGAUUUUGUGCCUAAAAAUUGGGAUGCGAGGUUUAAGGGAUGGGUAACUCAUGGUUUAACAGCAUAUUGCACUUUUUUGAGUAAGGAGUCAGUGAACAAUUUUCAAAACCUAAAGAGACAAUUCAGUUUGAAUAAUGAUGAUUUCUAUAGAUUUCUACAGGCCCGUCAUUACAUUGAGCAAAUUAGGAAGAAGAUCACAUAAGAGCAAUGGGAUAACAUUUUAUUAAAAGUCUUUAUAGAUGCUUAUGCUUAGGGCCCAAAACAAAAAACCAUCUCAAAACUUUCUAGGGGCUUACAACAAAUGAAAGGUAGCUCACUGCAUGUGAAACAGAAAUGAGAGAAGGAAGGGAACCUAGUUCUAAAUGCAGAAGACUGGGAACAGUUAUGUGGGAUACAAUGGAAAAUUUCAAAUUCAACACUUUGGAGAGAGUUCUGCUGGAAAAAAUUAGAUUCUUUAUAACACCAGCUCAAAAAAGACACUACACCAACUCAUCUGCAUGCUGGAGACAGUGUGGAUGCCUUGAGGCAAAUCAUUUUCACAUAUUCUGGUCUUGUCCAGUAUUGUUACCUUUUUGGCAGGAGGUCUAUCAAAUUUUGCGAAAAAUAUUUCUGACAGACAUUCCAUUUAAGUUUGUUUCUUUAUAUCUAGGAGCUCUGCCACCAGAUAAUUUUUCCUCUAAUGAUAAAUAUCUAUUUCAGAUUCUUAGUGCUGCCUGUAGGAAAGCCAUUAUAAGGAGGUGGUUAAAACUAGAAAAACCUAUGGUGGAUGAGUGGAUUGACAUUAUUUAUGACAUUUUUAAGAUGGAAAGAAUUACAUUUGCCGUAAGACUGCAACAAAGUGUUUUUGAAAAGAUGGGAAAGAUGGAUCAUGUAUGUUACACCGGUGCGACCAUCUUUUGUCUAAUGCUAAAUUGUAUGUCCCUUUUCUCCUAUUCUUCCCCUUUUUACUUCAUUUUAAAGUUUAAAGUUUGUUUUUUUUUAAAUAUCGUGGAGGUGCACCCCAGCGUUCCUGUUCUACGAAGUUCAGUUCUUAUAUUGUAUUAACAGAUUGCCUUAUAAUAUGGUGGAUGGACCAAUCAUUCAUCUCUGUAUUAUUUAUAUAGACUUGGAUAUACUGUGGAGAUUCAACUGUAAUUUACAGAUGAAUGGAUGAGAAUGGUGAAAUGUUAUGUCAAUGAACAUGUGAACCAUGUAAAAUCCUAA